AUGAAUUCACAACCAACGCCACAGAGUAACCUUGAGCAUGUUUCUUCCAGCAGUGACCUGAUGAUCAACGAAUUAUCACAAAUUAAAUCCAUGAUUUCUUCCCUUGAGAAUACUUUAAAACAAUUUGAUGACAAAUUUGAGAAAAGAUUUAAACAUUUAGAAUCACGAAUGGAUGUCAUAGAAAAAGUCGUUAAUAAUAUUAAAAUCGUCGAAGAAGAACAACAAUCGGAAUCACCAAGCUUGUUGAGUUCGAUUUUUUCCAGAUUUUCAUCUCAGCCUCCAAAAUCAAAGAGAAUUGUCUAUCAACAACCAUUCACCACUCGUUCCCAACAACAAAGUUCAAACUCUUCGAAACAGCUCAAGAUUCAUGUGUUCGUGAAUGACAAGGAGUAUGAAAAAACUAUUUCUGAUCUUUUGAAUGCCAUCACCGGUCAUGCGAAACAAUCGUAUGAUUUGAUUCUCGAACACAAAAUUAUCACUCGUAUCGAGGAAGCGGACAAUCGCAUUCUUACACUUUUUGUGAAAUAUUGUGGUACAAGUCGAUUUGAAAGUAAGGACGCUAGACAAAUUGCUGAAAUGAAAAAGCCCAUGCAUUUCUUGUUGUUGCGUUAUGGUGAAACUACAAGCGAUGUUGUACUUUCUGAUUUGUAUUCAAAUUCGAGAGCUUUUGAAUUUCAUGUGAAUAAUCUUGAAGAAAAGAAAGUCCUUAUGGAUGAUCCACGAAAUUUGAAAGCAAUGAACUUGUUAUGCGCCAAAGUGGUUGAGUACGAGAAAUAG